UUCAGUGGUUAUGUACUCAUACUACUCAGUAUGUAGCAACAAAUUGAACAAAUUAUCACUUGACUUGACAUUUGCGUACCUCUCCGUGAUUUGUGAAGUGUGAUAUUUUAGCCAUGUACAGCCUACAAGGCGUCAAAACUAAUAACCACUUCAUGUAUAAUAGUAUCUACUAUCAAAUUAUACGCUUUAUAUGAAAUUGAUACAAUCAAGUAUUUAUUGUUUGCCGCCUGCCGGCUGGUGUACUUACCAAUUGGUGUUGUGGUGCUCCUACGAGUCCUACGUAUAGCUGUGUUCUUAUAACUUUACAAGUUACAAUCAUUGAAUCAUACAACGUACUUCAUUCGGCCGUUCAGCAUUAGCUGCGGCCUGCAUGUUGCAUAGGUAUAUUAUUAUAAAUUGAAGUAGUACUUAUUCGUCUAAGAUGAGUCGUGGAGGGAAAUCGAAAAAUGCAUACCUGCCUGGAGAUUUGGUGGCAUUGGGUUCGAAAAAUAGUCGAGUCGAACCAAAUCCACAAGAGAAACGUGGUAGUAAUAUUUUAUUACAUAGAAAGUUAAUGGAAUCAACUUUGUCUGAUAGAAAACGAACUGGACCUCCUAUAGCUGCUAUUCCUAGUAAAAAACCUAAACAUGCAGGUUCUAGUCAUAGUUCAUUUGCUUGGGAACAGAUGUGUAUUGAGGUCGAUUCCAUUGACUUAAUUGAAUCAUUAAAUUAUUCAAUCCAAAAUCAAGAAAAUCUUAAAGCUGUUGGAUUACUUUUUGGAGCUUUUAAAAUUAUGCAUACCCAGCGAUUAAAACCAGAAUUAUUUUGGAGUUUAUUAAUUGCUGCUCGUCAAUUUCCUACAUUAUUUCAUAAUGAAGAAAUUAUAAAUGCUUUGUGCUCCAUCCUUACAUGUCACUCAGUUGCUUCAACUAAACAGCGUCAAUAUAACAUAGUAGCUGCAGUUACUUCUGUUAAUUUACUAAUGGCAUCACACGAUAAAUUGGUUCUUUGGCCAGAAGCAUUUGUUAAAGUUUUUGUUGAAGAUUCAAUGGGAGAACGUCUGUGGGUAGAUAAUGAAGAAUGUCGUUAUUUUGUUGAAAACUUGAAAAUUAGUUUAAAUACACGUACUUCGCCUUUUAUUCCUUUGGAUUUUUUGGAUACUAUGAGUACAACCGAAACAGCGUUAUUGUUACCAGAUUCUAAUGAAGUUUCAAUUAUGUCAAGAUAUGGGGCAAAUCAAACAGUUAUUGAAAAUAUAAUUUUAGAUGUUGCCAAAGAAUAUUUAAUCAGAAGACAAUCAACUGAAGGAAUAUCCAGGAAUUUGUUAAAAUUAUUAUCUGUUGCUGCUGGAAUUUUGGAGAUUCGGGUUAUGGUUGCUGGAAAAUUGGAAGUUUGGUUACAAAAUGCUAAGCUUGUACGACCAGCCCAAGAAUUACUUUUAGCAGUUUGUGUUAACUGUACAUCACGCACUCAAAGAGAUUUUGAUGUUAUUUCAACUAUUGUCAAAAUGAGAUUAAAAACAAAAGCUAUGGGUAACUUUUAUGUAUCAUGUAUCAAAGAGUUGAUUACAGCAAAUCCAAAUAAUUUGCCAGUUAUAUUAAAAAAUGUAGUUUAUAAUGAAAUGUCUACUUCACGGAAUACAAAUAAUAUGGCAAUUUUUCAAGUUAUUUUUAAAGCUGAACCAGAUUCAAGUGCAAUACUUUUAGCUGAUAUUUUUCAGGAAUUAUUAAUAUUACGAGAUGAUUAUUUGAGACCAUUACGUGGACUUCUAAGAGAAAUAUCUCGCCAAGUUCGAACUGAUUUCAACUUUUUAACCUUUUCUCAAGGUCUUUUAAAUGCCAAAGAGCCAAUAAAUCAAUCUCCUGAAGUUAAGGAUAGAGUUUUUGCUGGAAUUAUAGAUCUCUUAACGUUGUGUAUUUUUCUAACUGUGUACCCAUAUAUGCGUUCAGAACGAAAAGAUGUUGUACAGUUUGAAAAAAUGCAAAACAUUAUAGCAAAAAUUCAACAGGAUGGUGUUGUAUGGCUUCAAGGUAUUGCUUUAAGUGCUUAUCGGCCUGCCCCUACUGACUAUGUUCAUGCAUUACACAAAAUACUAUUAAUGGAAGCACCUGAACAGUAUUACAAAUUAGAAAGUUGGCCUCCUGAGCAAGAUAGAACAACAAUAUUUAGAAUUGCUACAGAAGUACCAUUGUUACAAGGUACAGUUUUAACAAUACUUAUGAUGGGAUUGUCAAAAGAACAUCCUUUGAAUUCGCCAGACGCCUUGGAAUUGAUGGAUCAAUUAGUAAAACGUGCUGCUUCACUACAAGUGUAUCAAAAUUCUAAUAUUAUUAGAGCUGACAAAUACGAAUUAUUUGAAAUGUUAUUGGAUUUAUGUGAAUAUCAUCAUCCUGAUAAAAUAGAGUUACCAUUGGGAUAUACACCUCCACAAUUAGCCAUAUCAAAUUUGUAUUGGAAAACAUGGCUGAUAAUGUUAAUAUAUUGUGCUCAUAUACCAUUAGUUUUUGGAACUCUAGCUUGCCGAAAAUAUCCAAUGUUAAGAAUGUUUAUAGAGAUGUGUAUCACAAAUAAUUUUUCUUUUCCUCCAUUCCUGGAAGAUCUUCAGUUGCAAUCACUUGAAAAACAAAAAAUACUUGAAUUUGAAUCAUAUUUGGCUGCAGCUUCUACAAAAGUUACAAUUACUGAACAAACAAGCUUACUGUUAAGUCAACUUAUGGGCAUGGACCCAAAAGGUCCACCUAGGCGUCCACCAUCAUCUAUUUUAGAACAAUUAAGAGUCAUGAAUACUAACUUACGUAUUGGCCAUUUGCUGUGCCGAUCAAGAGACCCAGAUUUUCUUUUGGACAUCAUUCAACGCCAGGGAACUUCACAAUCAAUGCCUUGGCUGGCUGAUUUAGUAAAUUCAUCUGAAGGAUCAUUAAAUCAUUUACCUGUUCAGUGUUUAUGUGAGUUUUUAUUGAGUCCAAGUUGUCGACAACAAGGUAAAUUUAAUCAAUUACUAAAUCAUCUGAAAAAGCUUUUAAUGCAUCCAGAAACUGAUCCAAUAAUAAGUUGUGAAGUUUUGGAGUAUUUUUUGAGACGCUUAAGUUCUCCAACUAGUAGACAACACGCUAUUUUAGGUUUAAAAUUACUAUUAAAUGCAACUGACGAUAAAGUUAUUGACAUUGAUAAAGUAAUUGAAUCAAAAACUGAUGUUUCGUGGUUAUUAACCAGUCUACCACAACUUCCGAAUUUUCCUGCUUUUAAGUCCCAGAUUGUUAUUGCUCUGAGACAAGCUUGUCAAGUAGAAAAUGACCCUCAUUUAAUAACAGCUUAUUUGACGUUUCUGGCUGAACGGACAUCUGAUGUGGACAAGGCAGAUAGUUUAACUAAUGAGCAGCUUACUGACAUGGUACUUGAUAUGGCACAGUUAAUUGUCGAACGAAGUACAGUUAUGGCUGCAGUUCUACCUGUGUCAACAGAUACAGUUACUGUGUUCAAUAUUGCCUUAAAUUCUUUAGUUAAUAUAUUUUACACAUUUCUAAACAGGGCUAGAGAACCUUGUCGUCAAAAUCAUCCUUGGUCAGAGAAUCAAGAUCAAAUUCUCGUAACAUGGCCAGGUGGUCAGGAAUGUACUUUGCACAUUUUGGUUGUACAUGCUAUGAUUAUAUUGUUAACUUAUGGCCCUCAGUGUAUUCACGAUCCAUUGAAAUUUGAUCAUUUGUUAGAAGCUUGGUUUCCAAUAGAUAGAAAACAAAUGCCUAAAGCUUAUUUAGUUGAUACAUCAGAAGAAGCAUUACUAAUACCUGAUUGGCUUAAGCUGCGUAUGAUUAGGUCUAGAGUUCCUAGGCUUGUAGAAGAAGCAUUGACUGACCUUGAACCACCUCAAUUAAUAUUAUUUAUUCAAUCAUUUGGGAUACCAGUUGCAUCAAUGAGCAAACUAUUGGAAAUAUUGGACAAAGCUGUAUGUCACGAUCCAGAAGCCAUUAAAGCUGCUGUUAUGGAUAAAGCUUAUAUGGUUCAACUAGUUCAAGUACAGCAAAGACGUGGAGCACAAGGAGGUCAAAUAUUCUCAUCAGUAUUAACAUUAAAUGAAGAAUCAACAAUGAUGGAAGUAGAAGAAAAAGUACAAUUGACUAAUAAAAAAAAGUUAUCAAUAAAAGACAACUCAAUUAAUGUAUUAGAAAAGAGUAAAAAUAUAAAUGUUGAUUUAAUCAUUUCAAAUCUUUUUACUUCUAAGAUGGAGGGUGAAGAAUUUUUAUUUUUGUUACAAUCACUAUCACAAGAUUCAAAAUCAUUAGCUCAAAAUUGUAUGAUUGCAUUGUUCAAAAAUAUGUUAAGAAGUAAAGUGUAUCAGCGUUCUGUUGUGGCUAAUGAAAAUAUAACUUGCCAUUUACUUAAAGUGUUAAUGACAAAAUGUGGCUACAACAAAAUAUUAAUGUCUAUUGUUAAAUUGAUACUUGUUCAAUUGAAUGUGAAGAAAAAACAAAAUAAUUUGCGUAUGAUUAUAACAAAUUAUAAAAACAAAUAUGAAAAAACUAAAAAACCACCUCAAAAACGUAAGAAAACAAAUGAAUCAGAGUUGAUGGAAGUUGAUAAUUCAAUUAAAGGACAAAAACGUUCACUUUUUGUAGAUCUACCAAAAGAAAUUGAAUUAAAAAUAUCUGAUUUAACAAUUGAUCAACAGGUUAAUAUGUUGUUUUCAAAGACAACUUGUGAGAAAUGGAAUUCUGUAAGAAAAUGCAGACCAUACUUAUUAACUUUGCUCAAUCACCAUAUGAAUUGGUCGUCGUUGGAAUGUGUCUUAGAUAUUUUAUUGCAGUUAAAUAAUGUUGAAAAAUUUGAACCUUCAUCAGUUCUUGACUUAAUAACAGCUAUUACGACAAAUCCAAAAUUAUGGCAAGGUAGAGAAAUGAAUGCUUCUAAAAGUAGAUCAAAUGAAGGAUUGAUGUUAUUGAACCAUGAUCAGCUCACAGCAUUGUUAUUGUAUAUGAUUGAAGAAUGUAAAGUAAAAAAUGAAGAUCCAAGUAUAACUUGGACAGAGUUAUCUGCAUUCAUGCUAACCAAAUUAUCAGUGAUAUUAAAAAACUGUUUGGCCAAAAAUAACUGUGUCCAAAUCUUCCACAAUAUUUAUUUAAAAUAUAUUAAUAGUUCAAACAUUGCAGUGUUUAAACAGAUUUUAAGUCUUGUGUACACUAAUGACCCAAACAUCAUUAGUAAAUUACAAUAUUAUGAUAUGGAUAGCUUUUUGGAUCCAGUAAUUAUAAAAGAAAGUGAAGGAUGUGCUUUGGAUUCAAUUUCACACACUGUUGUGUCAUCAAUCGUAUCCACUAAAAUUAAAAGGGACAAAGAAUUGAAUAAAAAAAUAUAUGACUAUGAAAUACUAGCUAAGCGAUUAUGUACAACUCAUCCUCUUCUGUUCCUAAGGGUAUUUGAGCUAUUAUCAGCCCCAUUGCGUCGAUGUUGUUAUCUUGAGUUUAGAGCAAUGAAAUCUGGCCAUCUUUUAUUGCUCAAUAAUAUUCUUGAUUUAUUAGAAAGUUUAGAGCCCACAGUAUAUUUUUCAUUUUACACAGACGCUCUUCACAAACUUUUGGGAAUUUUCCUGACCAUAAUCAGUAAUAAUUUAAACGUAAGUGCUGCUAGAAAAGAAUUUAAUACACUUUUAACAAAAUUUGGUAACCGAGUACACAGCUAUAUCGCUGCAAAUUCACAAGACGCUAUGAUUUUUAUUAAAUCAAAUAUUAUGUGGUUCGGCAAUAUCAUUGAAAGAUACAAAACUAUUGGAAACCUGAAUUUACUAAUUAGUCAAAAUGACCAAGUUAUUGUAUUGCAGCCACCAAAUGAAACAUCAAACGAUUUGCCAUAUGACCAUUUCUUUAGUUGUUUUAAAGACUCUGAUUCUGCAAAUAAUUUAUUAUCUGACAUGGAACGUUCUGCAUACCGUAGUAAUAGAGCAUUGGAGCCAUUUUUAAAUAAAGUCACUUCAUUGAUCAGGAAUCCUAGUUCACAUUUACGUUUACCAUCUCUUGGAUUAUUAUUGCAUUAUUUACAGUUUAACAAUAGUAACUUGUCUACAAAUUCUGUGUUGGUACCAGCGAUACUGAGUGCACUAUUGUCUGAUGAUGAUGAAGUUUCUAGCACAAUAAGAAACCAUAUUGAUUCUUUGUCAAUGUCUAGAGAAAUGGCAUUGUCUUUGCUACUGGAAACAUUCAAAGUCGGUAUAUACAAAAGUUUGAACACAACUCCAAUGAUUACAAAAACAAUUUCUACAAUGAAUCUUCAGUCUGGGUGUUGAAUUUAUGUAUGUAAUUGUAUUAUGUGCUUAAGUUUUAACCGAGUUUUCUUGGUGUAUAUUUUUUUAUGUGUGAUAAUACAAAAACGUUUAGCUACCAAUAUAAAAAGUACUGAUUUUGUGUAAUUUUUUUAAAAAGAGAAUAAAAAUAAUUUUAAAUGACAUUCAAUAAGAUUAGAGUAAAAAAUUGGUAGGAUUUUUUUCUAGGAAAGGAUUUAAGUAUUAAAUCUCAAUCAUAAAUAGUUUAAAACAAUUAAGGAAAGAAAAAAAAUAGUUAAAAAUUAAUAUUUGUAUUAUUUUAUUACUUUUAAUAUUUAUUUAUAUUGAAGCUUAAUAAUGUAUAAUCAUAAUUAAUUAAUUUUUAAUUAUACAAUCAGUUGUUGUAUUACAAAAAUUAAGUUACCUACUGUGAAAAGGUAGUUUUUUCCUGUUAUUUUAUAUACUUAUAAUAGUAAGAUUAUACACAAUAUUAUGUUAUGUUACAUUUUUAAUUAUAUUUCUUUGAUGGCAGAUGUAUGUGUAUGGGGUAUGUGUGACAGAUAACCUCUAUUUAUUGUAAUCAUAAAUAACAGGUGUUUUGAUAUUGGUAUGUUUGUACUCUUAAAUAAAAGUGUAAAAUAGUAUGUA